AUGUCUCUAGCGCCCACAGGCUCAAAGCCAAUUCCGAACAGGAGAAAGUUGAACCGCGCAUGUAUCGAAUGCAUGCGGCGCAAGAUCCGCUGCGAUGGUCUUCUCCCCUGCAACAACUGCCAAUGGUAUUGUGUCCAAGAUCGGUGCGCAUACCGGCAGAGGAAUAAGAGAACAAACCCUUCCUGGAAACUUGUCGAACAGCUGACAGAGGCCGUCGAAGCUCGCAAUCGGGUACUGGCGAAGCUAUUGCCGUCUCUUGACUUUGACAGCUUACCAGAUCUACGACGUGAGGAUAUCAUCCAGCUCAUCAGCAGUGAGCAAGACAGCAACGACGGCGUCCCAGUUCAAGACCAUGAGCUCGACCGAGACCCUCGUUCGGCCGACGGGAAUACGGCCGAAGACGCUGAACACGAAUGGGAUGAGGCUGCCAGACAGCAGGACUACACUUCACCCAUCGCCGACGACGUCAAUGGCUUAGCCUUGAGCCAUGGAAACAGUUCUUAUUUGGGCACUUCGUCUAUCAGCAUAGCGCUGCGGUCAAUUUUCGCGCUCUGUCCGACCGCGAAGCAAGCUUUUCUCCGCCUCACUAACACUCUAUCAAGCAGGAUCCCCAGGGGCAGAGAGCCUAUUGCUGCCGCACUAUCGCAAAGCCCGCGAGAUAUUGCGCCGCUUCCUUCAUCCUUUUCAGAUCCACAACCGGAGCAGCUCGCGAUUGACGCAUACUUCGACCACGUGCAUCUAAUGCUGCCCAUGGUUGACGAGAUCUGGUUUCGUACUGAGUUCACUACUCGGGGACGAACUGACGAUGCAUGGGUUGCUCUUUCAGGCAUGAUACUGGCUCUUGGGUCGAUAGCCGCAGGAGACGAUCGGUUGCAUACCAGCUACUAUGCUCGUGUACAGCAAGUCACUGGGCACAACGUCUUUGCCUCUGGGCAUUUGGAGAUGCUUCAAGCGCUGAUACUGCUUGGUGGAUCGUACUUACACUACAUUAACUCGCCCAAUACUGCAUAUUUGAUAUUAGGGACAGCGUUUCGCAUGGCAACAGCCAUGGCUCUUCACCGCGAUCCUGCCGCAGUUCCCUCAAAUUUCCGCCACCACUCUGCUGGCCUACGUUCUACCCUGCCAGUUGGCUACUCGUUGCCUCGAGCUGAAUUGAGGCGGAGGACCUGGUGGUGCCUGAUCUGCAGUGAUGCUUGGAGUGGUAUUCUGCUUGGUCGACCCUCCAUGACCCGAUGGGAUCCUCUUACUAUGGACACAUGCAUGCCAAGCGACACCGAGCCUGGCGAGCAGGCGAACAUAGGCCAACCAUAUCCCAUAAAGGAAGGGGACUUCUCGGGUACCUCACUGAGACUGAGCUCACAAUUCUGCAAGAUUUCGUCAAAAAUCGAGUAUAGGCUCUCGCAACUGUCGCGUCUCUCUGCGCGUGAAGUCCUUGCCUUUGAGAGUCAACUGCUGGCAUGGGAAAAAUCACGACCAACCAUGUUUAAGGCCGGCACUGCGUGCCCUGAACGGGUACGAUAUGUCCGAGACAGUGUCUAUCAUCGCUGCCAAAUCGCACGCAUUGUCAUGUCCAGGCCUCACCUCCUCCGGCUGACUGAAGAGGUGGCAACGUGCCAAUCCUUUACCGACGAAGACUGGCGCGUGGUCUCCAUAUGUCGCGAUGCAGCUUCCGAGCUCAUCAACAGUAUCACCACUAACCGGCUCCGCACGAGAAUAUCUGUCUGGCAUACCUCCUGGUAUCUUUUCCAAGCCUGCAUGAUUCCUCUCUUAUCCAUUGGCCUCAACGACAGAUUGCCUGCGGAGGCAAAGCUCGAAGAGGCAACCAUCUGCGGCUACCGAGAGGAGCUCGAAAGAGCUGUACGCACCUUCAAAGACAUGGCGCCGUGGACAAGGUCGACAGACAAGUACGGCGAAGUCGUGGAAGCCUUGUAUUCCGGGGUCAUGCUCGCACCGAGAAACCAAGACGUGGCAUCGACAAUGCAGGGUAGUUCUAGUUGUUUUGGAGGCUUCACGGUCGUGAACUUGGGCAGUCCGUUCGCCCUUGAUCAGCAGACUCUCGACAUGUUUGACACUUUCCCGGAUUGGUUCGACUACGAGCUCGUAUUCGGAGCAGAACUGGGAGAGCAAUGA